AUGAAUAGAUUUGUGAUCCUAACAGGGCUUUUCAUUUACUACGUGAUAUGGUUACUGCUUCCGAUUUUUGAUCUCGAAAAUGUAUUACUAGGGUUCCCCUUACCGUCCAUAUAUGCUGCUAUUUGUCCGGUAGUUUUACUUCUGAUUGGCAUUUUUUGCGUCGUAUCUUUUUUGGGUGGAUUGGUAUUGUGCUCGGAAAGGCACAACUCCAAAGUUAUAAAAUAA